UAAAGCUUUGUUUGCUCCACUGUUUCUUGUUUCUGAGAGCAAUCCAAGGCAUGAGUGACAUGCCCAAUGUCAGUUGAUAAACAAGUGAUGACUAGAAAAGAACUUUUCUUGUUGCUGUUAUGCUUUGAAGCUCUAAGAGUUGGUUUUAGUGAAACAGAUCAACAAGAUGUCAAUGCUCUUAGAUCCCUGAUGAAUCAGUGGCAAAACACGCCACCAACCUGGGGCCAGUCAGAUGAUCCUUGUGGUACACCAUGGGAAGGAGUCGUUUGCAAGAAUUCAAGAGUGAUUGCACUGAGACUAUCAACCAUGGGCAUAAAAGGUACACUGAGUGAUGAUUUGAGCCAACUAUCUGAAUUGCAAUCUCUGGAUCUGUCAUUUAACAAUGAUCUAAUUGGUACUCUUACCCCAAAUAUUGGCAAGUUGAAGAAACUAACCACAUUGAUACUGUCUGGUUGCGGUUUCACUGGUAAAAUUCCACAGGAAUUAGGCACUUUACCACACCUCUCAUUUUUGGCUUUGAGCUCAAACAAGUUCACCGGUGCUAUACCUGCUUCUUUAGGUAGUCUUUCAAAUCUCUACUGGUUGGACUUAGCUGACAAUCAGUUUAGUGGGCAACUGCCUGUCUCAUCAGGAACAUCUCCUGGCCUGGACCUCCUUACCAACACAAAGCACUUUCAUUUCAAUAAGAACAGGUUGUCAGGGACCAUUCCGGCAAGCCUUUUUAACUCAAAUAUGAAACUGAUACACUUAAUUCUUGAUGGAAAUAAUUUCAGUGGUAGCAUACCAUUAACUAUAGGAUUGGUUCAAACACUUGAGGUUCUUCGGCUUGGUAAGAAUCGUUUUAAUGGAACAGUUCCCUCUAGCAUUAGCAAUCUCACAAGCCUCAAUGAACUGGACUUGGCAAACAAUAACCUAACUGGGGCUAUGCCUGAUCUCACUGGAAUGAACAAGCUCGUCUAUGUAGAUUUGAGCAACAACACAUUCAUUCCUUCGGAAGCUCCAGAGUGGUUCUCAACAAUACAGUCUCUCGUCACUCUAGUGAUAUCAUCUGGAGGACUAAGAGGAGUAGUGCCGAGAAAGCUCUUCAGCUUUCCUCAACUUCAACAAGUGAUUCUUGAAAAUAAUGCAUUCAAUGGAACACUUGAAAUUACCAACAUCAGUCCUCAAUUACAAACUGUUGAUUUCCAAAACAAUGAGAUCACAUCAGUCAUUUUGAAUUCAAACUACAAUGGCACACUGAUACUUGUGGGGAACCCUGUGUGUAGUACAAAUAUUACAGUCUUCUGCCAGCUUCAAAAGCAGCAAUUAUCACCCUAAUCCAAGAUCUGGUAGCAUCUUCUUGAUGUUUACCUUUUUAUAUUAACUUUGCUAUUGAUUUCUUAAAUUAUAAGUGAAUUUUUAGCAUUCAACACUGCGAUACAUAUAUUUGCGACAUAUAAAUGUGUCACAGAUUUGCGACACAAAUUGCAACCAUUUGUGGCUAAAAAACAAAAACGUUACAGAUUUAACCAAAUUGCAUCGCAAAAAAAUGACCAUCCAAGAAUGCUGUCAAUUUUGUCGCAAAAGUUUUUGCAUCUACUAUGUAAUGGUUUCCGACACAGAUUGCAACACAUUAUUUGCAACAAUCUAUUGACGUCACAAACUUUGUCGCAAA